AAGAAAAGUUGUAUCAAACAGCCGGUUGGACUGUAUUUACAGCAGUUGUUGUAUAUAUGUACAUAUAAUCUAACCAAAUAAAAAGAAUAUCAGACACAAACUAUUUCCAAUAUAAGCGAUAAUUCAGCAAUUGUAAUACAUGGAAAUGGCAUGCAACUCUCCUCUAUGCGGUAUCUGCGAUUCGAGAAAUAUCUCGGUACCAUCUACUGUAUGGUGUUUUGAUUGUAAAGAAGGGCUCUGUGGAGAAUGUAAAGAACAUCAUUUACUGAACAAAGCAUCCAGAGGUCAUGGCGUUAUACCCGUAAACGAAUAUCAAAAGUUACCUAUAAACUUCCUUCAAAUUGCUGCGACAUGUAUAUUACAUGGUGAAAAAUAUCAAGCAUACUGUCAUGAACACAGGUGUUCAUGUUGUACAAAAUGUCUUAUAAAUGAACAUAAGACAUGCAAAGAUGUCGCAGACCUAAAUGAUUUUAUCAGCAGAAUAAAGUCGUCAAAUAUGAUUUUGGAAAUCGAAACGUCAUUGCGCGAGGUUGCUGAAAAUUUAAAAUGGAUAAAUAUGAAUCGAACAGGAAAUCUGUCAUCCCUUAUCCUAAGCAGACAAAAGAUUGAGAAGAAAAUUCAAGGAGCUAGACAAACAAUCAAUGAACACUUUGAUCGGCUUCAAGAUGAAAUAAUGAAAGAAUUAAUAAAAAUUGAAAAUGACCAAAGAAAAAAUAUAAGCAAACAUUUGGCGUUGGUUGAAAGAGAAGAAAAGAAGAUAGAUGAACUUCAAAUUAGUCUCACAAUAAUAAAAAAACAUGCAUCCGACUUACAAACGUUCCUUGUCAGUAAACAGAUUGAACAUGAAUUGGUUGAUACCGACAACCUCGCACAGUCCAUGCAAGAAAAUGGCGAUCUAUCAGAUGUCAUUAUCUCUUUACAAGCUGAGGAUUUGGUUAAACGUAUCAGCUUAAAUAAUAUUACGUUUGGUGAAAUUGUGGUACAGAGAGGCUCGUGUGAUACAUCUUUAGUCAGACGUAAAAGUAAGCAAGCACAAACUUCUGUUGAUGUUUCGAAUAGAAAUACUUCAAAAAAGAGAUAUGAAAAUAUAGAAAUUAUGGAACAUGCGACAGAUCUGUGUUUUAAUGUCGUCGUAAAACCAGGAAAAGAUGCUCUGAGAUUUGGAUUGAAAGGACAAUACAGGCUGUACGUUACAAAACAAGGUUUUCAAUUAGAAGACACCGAGACAAACACGUUAAAAUAUUAUUGGCCACAUAACAUAGUACGUCAUUAUGGAAGAUCAGAAGAAGGAAUCGUGAUCGAAUUAGGCAGAAGGUCUCUUUUAGGACAAGGGACAUUCACGUUUUUGUGUGAUCCAUGAGUUUAUCAAUUAAGAAAGAUAGUUUUACCCACAUUUUAAAUUCACGAUUAAAUCUUGA